GUAUCUGUCCAACGAAUGUCUAGCUAGUGCUGGUGGCUGGCAGACGACGACGACGAGCGCGCGCGACGGGUACAAGCGAGAACGUGUGUAGUUGUGUGUCUAGUGAUUGUGUGGCGGCGGUGAACGUGCUGGCGACGAAUGAAGAAAGAGCGUGUGCAACAAGUCACCAAAAAUGCUUCAAUGAAAAAAAUCAACAAGUAAUACCAAUUUUAAUUACUAAAAAAAGCAAAGAAUUUAGAAAAAAAAAUACGUCACAACGUGACGUCACCGGCGCGCUAGUCGAAAUAAAAGCUAGCGAUUGGCAAAUUAAAAAUUGUUUGUGCACUAAACAUUCAACAUUCGGCGAGUCGUUAAUUACUACCACAUCACCUUUGUGUGGAAUUAUUAAAAUUUUCCUUUUCGUUUCGUACCAAAACGCCCGGGUGUGAGUCUACCGCGCAUUGCAUUGAAACAAAUCACCGUUGCUAAUUAAUAAUAACACAAUGUUUAACGCAUUCAACUUGAAAUCGCAACUUUUGUCUGUGCUGUUGUGGCUGCUGUUGCCUUUCUUUAUGAGCGUACGUCCGCUAGCGGCAGCGACACCCACUUACCCCUGCCCCUACGCGCAAACGGUGAACAUAAGCGACGGUCUGCGUCUCAAAGAUGGCUCCUAUUCGUAUGCUGGCCUCCUCAUACCGGCGAAUAUGACCGCGCAAUACAACUUUAAGGUGGUCGAUGGCAUACUCUCGAAUGCGCCAUCGCAUACGCGCGGCUGCGCUUGCCUCCAACGGCCUUGCAUUACCUUCUGCUGCCCGCCGGGUCAGUUGUUCGACGAAUACAAGCACGCCUGCCUGCCACAUGCGUCAACGCUGAGCGCGCAACAGCAAAGCGCGCAGUACACGCACAUCGAAGUGUCCGAUGUCAAUGGCAGUCUUAAGGUGGUCAAUAUCAGUGAUAUGUUUGUGAUGCGCUUCGAGGCGGGCUGCAGUCGCAAGUAUAUUGAUAAAAGCGAUGCGAGCUUCUGGAAGUGGGAUCUAUAUGCGAAUGGCUCACUCUCCAGCUUAGGUCGCAUUUGGGAUACAGAUCAGUACUGCCUAACGCCUUUGGAACACAAGAAAGUCUGGAGCUUGGUGCCACUCACAUGCGAACGCUCGGCACAUGGCUUCCGUCUUUGGAUUUAUGCGAUCUGCUUAUUUAUGGCUAUACUGAUUUACGCCUUCAUACUGCUCACGUUGGUCUCGAUUAAGGCGGUGCGCAAUGGAGGUUAUGGUGAAUCGCUCAUCUUUCAUCUGGCCUCCACAAUUAUUGGUUUAUCGGCGCUGACAUAUCUGGCGUUCCGUUCACGCUUAGAGCUCUCUGAAACUGCCUGUCGUAAUAUUGGUUUCAUUGCUUAUGUCUUUCUGAUAUUCUCUUUUUUCCUGCUGACCAUCAUAAGCUGGAAUUUUUGGUACAACUUCAAGACGCGACGCUUGAGCAGCUGGAAGCGCAAGCUAAUCUACAUGUUCGCCUUCGGUUUGGCGGUGGGUUUAAGAUUCCUGCUGAAAUUCAUACAAGACUCCGAUAUUUACCAGCCGCUGAAGCCCGGCAUUGGCGAUGCUUUUUGUUGGUUUGAUGUUCGCUUGUGGGGUAUUCUCUUGUACUUCUACGUACCGAUCUUGAUUUGUUUGGCGUUCAGCAUGUUGCUUUAUCUAAAGACCUAUUUACUGAUUUGGAAUUUGCCCGAAGACGUCAUAAAUGUGGCUGGUUACGACAUCAAGUUGAUAAAAGCGCAUUUCUUUGCAUUCUUUGGUUAUCUUCUGGGCGUCACUUGUGUUUGGCUACGCGAACUCUUUGUCUAUUUGACAUUCCGUUGGCGUGGACAAUAUUAUAUAAUCGACUUCAUAACGGGAGUUUGCGUAUUCGGCCUGUCCGUGGCGGGACUUAUAUUUCUCUUAUACAAAAAUCCUUUGGUGCGAGCCUGGUGGCAUGUUAAUGUGACAUUUUACUUGCCUUACAGAGCGGAGGAGAGAACGGAAAACGGCGUCUACUUAACGCAAAUUUAUCACACGGAGCAAGAGAGAACCGAUAAACUCAAAGAGGGCUACAAGCACGAGAUCAAAGAGGAAGAUCUCGCCUUAAAAUAAGCCAUGCCUAUAAACAUUAGCAAUGAAAAUCAUUCGACUGAAGUGAGCUUAGUUACUUGUGAAAUUUAUUUGAAUCCAU